AGAUCGCGGCGGCAAUUUACGCUUCAGUUGAAGAUAGGCGAAACGAAAGCGGGUCUGUCCAGGAGUGUAAGCAAGCAUGUCUCCUGAAGGCUUUGGCUUUCCUUCAUUUAUUUCAGCUCAGCUUCAUUAUCUCGUUAAUAAUUUCCCUGAAACCAUCAAGGUUGAACAGGUAUGGUCUGGUUGCAAGCACUCGGGAAGUCUUGAUCGGUUCACCUUGCAAAUCCCUUACUGUCUUGACACUAUCAAAUGGGAUGUUAUAGACAAUGCAGACUUUCCACUGGCUGCACCUGAUGUUAUAUUUGGCCCUGAAGACGAAGAGUUUCAUCCAUUUCUUGAUGAUACCUCUGCUGAUGUCACCGCAACCAAGCAUAGUUUAUCAAAUUGGAACAACAAAGAUCCCACACGGCUUUUGGCUCUCGUUCAGGAAUUGAGGGAUCAGUACAUGUCCUACCAGAGGAAGCGUGUUGGAGAGGUGGAUGAUGAUCGAUUGAAAUUUGAAAUUAGUACCAUGUUAUCCAGGGAGGGUAUUGAAAUGCAUCUGAGUUCAGGUGUUGAAAAGGCAGGGGAAGUCAAAUUUUCUGUACCUCUUUUGGACAUGAAUAUAAACAAAAUGCUGGUCGGGUGUCCAUGGAGACAUCAAGAGAGGAUAUACUUGCAGGUUAUAUUUCCUGUUAAUAGGAAGUAUGUUUCUGCUCCUUCAGCCCCUCGUCUAAAAUUAAUGUCAACUGCCGAGUUAAAGUCUCUAUUUUCUGUUGAUGAUGUCAAACUUCCUCCUUGGCUGGAUGGAAUGUGCAUGGCCGAAUAUCUUCCCCAUCUGGAAGAGUCCCUUGAGAGACAGGUCUUGGAGGCAGUCUCAUUAAUUGAUGUCAGAAGGCGUUUUAUUGAAGCUGUAGCCACUCCAUUAGGAAGACCGGUAGAAACUGAUUCAGUUGUUUACAGAAAGGCUAUGUUUUUUGUUGCCUCUGGAGCUUUCUCCUUCCUGGUGCUAUUUUUCUUUUCUACACAGUUUCCAAAACAGCAGCCUGCUUUGAUGCUUCAAAGUUCCCUGUAUUUCAACUCUCAAAGUAUGCCAAUCAAGUCUCCUCUUCUAACAGAAUAUCCGUGGAGUCCAAGAUGGGAAGCAUCCAAGAUGGCUGAGCGUAUAUUCGACUUUUUGGUGGAAGAAUGUGUCAACUUCAAAAAAUACUGCAGCGAAGGUCAUCUUCAACACUGAGGGAGUCCCAUGAAAAAGAUUAUUUCAUUCAAGUUGUGUAAAUCUUUGAUGUAUAACAUUGUGGAUGAAGAUGGGUACUUAUUGAGAAAUUAUUUUAGUGUGAAAUGACCUUCAAUACAUGUAUGUGUUCAUGAAGAAAUAGGAAAUCAAUCUUCAAUUUGAUUGAUUUAAA